AUGAACAAACUGGAACAAAUUCUCCGUGGUUUCGUUAGCUUUACGGAGCUCGCUGCCACUUCUGGUUUCCUCCCAGCACUCCCGGCAGCGUGCGGAGUUCUGGAACAAAUAUGGGGAACAGCGGAUCAAGUGAAAGUAAACAAGGAACGCUGCAAGAUCUUACGUGCACGUUGCGUCUAUAUUUUUAUCACCAUACGAGACAACGCUGCGGGCAUAGAACAAUCAGCGCUCAACGAAACCGUCGAGAUCUUUAUAACGACAAUCAAAGGGAUUCACUCAUCAAUGAACAAAUGGGCUGAAUGGGGAUCGCUUAAGAGCUUUGCUAAGAACGACGAGAUUACAGUCGAAAUCGAAAGGAGCAUGAACCAACUUGACGCUUGCUGCCAGAACCUCCAGAUCGCCACACAGCUCCAAUUGUACAGUCUCAACACUCAGAUGGAUGCUGCCCGUGAAUCGGACCAGCUCGAAAUGAAGAAAAUGAUGUUGACAAUGUUGGAGAACCAAGAAGAGCUUAGAGAGGAUAUGGGAUUGUUGCUCGUAAAUAUGGAAAAAUUUACCGAUGUCAUGAAGACAUUCCAGCUCGAAUUGCGCGCUCAUCCAGCUGGCUCAUUGACUCACGACAACAUCUCGCGUGGAUUGCUGGGGAUGCAACAAGCCUCUGGCCAAUUGCCUCCAAUUGCUUUUCUUGAAGGCCAUGAGUGUAAGAUCGUUAGCCAAGCACCUAUUGCUGGGAGCACGGUCUAUGACGUAUACGAGGGCCUAUGGCUAGGCGAAGAAAAAGUCGCAGUUAAGAUACUCAGGAGUUCAAAGGCUUCAGAGGGGAACGUUAGAAGAUUUCACCGUCAAGUAAACAUCUGGCAUCGAAUGAAGAGCAAAUAUAUCUUGCGCUUCUAUGGAGUUGCAUCCAUCGCUGGAGGAUCAUCUUUCUAUCUCGUCAGCCCUUGGUGCGAGAACGGCGAUGCGCCAAAGUAUCUGAAGAAGAACCCCAGUGCCGACCGUCUAAAAUUGAUUCUCGAAAUAGCAUUCGGCUUGCGCUACUUGCAUUCACAAAACCCACCCAUUGUUCAUGGGUCCCUUCAAGGAUCCAACGUGCUCAUUGGUGAUGGAGGGGGGGCUCUUCUCGCCGAUUUCGGGCUUGCCAAAGCAUUGGAAGAUCUAACUGCUGUUCCGUUUACGCAAUCUACAGGUGCCAAUGGAUGUUACCGCUGGAUGGCACCUGAACUACACGAAGACGGUGGCCAAAUGACCCUCAAAUCGGACAUCUAUUCGUGGGCAAUGACGGCGCUGGAGCUAUACAGUGAUAAGGUUCCUUAUAGCCGAAUCAAGAUGCCAGGAUCAGUCGUGAUGGAGGUUGCAAGGGGUAGAAUACCUGAACGUCCUCGGCCUGGCACAAGUAGAAUGUCUAGCAGCGGCAGCGUACCAGGAAACACGGCGGGAACUAGAGAUGGUAUUGAUAUUCCAGAUGGUUUGUGGGAGUUGUUCGUCCGCUGUUGGGACAAAGACCCGGCCAAUCGACCCACGAUCCAGGAGACGAUUCAAGAAUUGGAGGAUAUGAGACGAUACACACUUAUGGAGAUAUAG